CUGAGGAAACAUGAGUUGGAAGCUGCUCUGCUGCCGUGAUUUCCGUAACCCUGCCGCUGCCCCUGUGCUGAUUCAUUGAUUUGGACGGGUUAUAUACUGGGAGGGGAAGCAUGAACCGCACUCGCUCACUCACCAGCGCGGAGCGCCGCUCGCUGCGAGCUCUCGGCCGCGGGACGCACUGGUGGACACAUGGAGCAGAGUGGCUGGGUCCUGCUGCUUGUGGGCUUGCACAUGGCCUGUGUCGCCCGUGCCCAAUGCCCAGAGCAGUGCCAGUGCGUCCGCGCUGCCCAGGUGGAGUGCUCCGGUGCCAGCAUCGCCGCUGUCCCCAGCCCUAUCCCCGAAAACACCAUGACCCUGCAGAUCAUCAACACACACAUCACAGAGCUGGGUGCCGCGUCCUUUGGUAACGCCUCCAUGCUGAUCGGGCUGCGCAUCGAGAAGAACGACCUGUCGCGCAUCAGUCCCAGAGCCUUCCAGUACCUGCCCUCCCUGCGCUACCUCAGCCUGGCCAGCAACAAGCUGCAGGAGCUGCCUGUGGAAGUGUUCGAGCCCUUGGGCCAGCUGGAGUCGCUGCUCCUGUCCAGCAACCAGAUCCUCCACGUUGAGCCCUCCCACUUCGCCCAGCUGAGCAACCUCAAAGAGCUGCAGCUGCACGGCAACAACCUGCAUGAACUGACAGAGGGGGUCUUCGACCCACUCACCAGCCUCACCAAACUGAACCUGGCCAGGAACAACAUCGACCGCCUGCCACCCCAGGCUUUUGAGCGGCUGACGCGGCUCCAGGUGUUGCGGCUCUAUGAGAACCGACUCCGGCAGAUCCCCGUGGGUGCCUUUGAUGGGCUGCCAGAGCUGGAGGAGCUGGGGCUGCACCAGAAUCAGUUGGAGACGCUGUCGCCAGAGCUCUUCGUGCACAACGAGCGCCUCCAGAAGCUGUAUCUCUCCAACAACCUCAUCACCGCCCUGCCCAGCGGUGUCUUCCUGCCCCUGCGUGCUCUCUCCAAGAUCACCCUGCACGUAAACCGGCUGCGGGAGAUUGCCCCUGGCGCCUUUGGGCCCAUGCCCAACCUGAAGGAGCUGUGGCUCUAUGACAAUGAGCUCACUGGUCUCCCCGAGGGCGUCUUCAGCAACCUCACCCAGCUGCAGCUUCUGGUGCUGAGUAAGAACCAGCUGCGCUCGGUCUCGGUGGGAGCUUUCCAGGGCCUGGGUGAGCUGCUGGAGCUGUCGCUGCACUCCAACGCGCUGCAGCGCCUGGAUGCCGAGGCUUUCCGUGGGCUCCCCAAGCUGCAGAACAUCUCGCUGCAGAACAACCGGCUGCGGGCACUGCCCCGGGGCCUCUUCGGGGCCACUCCGGCACUGAGGAAGGUGCAGCUGCAGGGCAACGUCCUUGAGUACCUGCCAGCAGACGUCUUUGCCCCACUGGCCGCCCUGCGGGAGGUGAGGCUGCACAACAACUCCUGGCGCUGUGAUGAGAAGAUCUUUGCGCUCAAGAACUGGCUGGAGGCCAACCAGCAGAAGGUGGGCGAGAUCCCCCCUGUGUGCGCCCUGCCACUGCUCCUGCGGGGUGCUCCCAUCGUGGGACUGCGGCGUGACCAGCUGCUAUCCGACGGGCUGCCUGCAACGGCUGAGCCAGAGCGCUUCACAGCCACCUCGCGCCCCGGCACCCUGCUCUCUGCCCGUCCCUCCAAGCCGACCUCUGUGGCCUCGGAGACGGAGCACCCCACGGGGUUGCCAGUUGCCCCCGGCCUCACAGAGGAGGAGGAGGAGGAGAGGGGGCAGUGGGGGCUGACGCGGGUGCAGAGCGGGGUGGUGGUGGCGGUCAUCGUGCUGGUGUGCGUGGCCUUGCUCUGCGCCCUCGUGGCACUGGUGGCCUACAGCUGUAGGAAGAAGAGCCAUGUCGUGCUCAUGAGGAUGAAGGCACCCAAUGAAGCCUGAGCGUGCGGUGGCUGGCAAACCCUUGGGGGACUGGUGAUGGUGAGAUAGCCCCUUGGUGCAGUCCAUGCCUGGAGCUAGGACACCUGGCAGUGACCUUGCGUCAACUGUAGUGGACAAGUUGGACAGGCCAGCAUCGCUCCGCAUCCCCCGUGCUGCUCUGCUUUACCUCGUGCAGGCCCUCCUCUGCAAGGGGGUGAAACCCCACGGUCACCCUCGCUCCUCUCCAGCCCCCUGCCCCCCAGCAUGGCCUCUGUGCAUGCUCCCCUGCAUGCUGGGGUGUCCCUGGGUCAUCCCUGGGGCCCAUCAGGCGUGGUGUGGGGUGCUGUGAGGUGACCCACAUCCCCUGAGGCUGGCAGGGCAGGGGCUGCCCAGGGCUCAGCAGGGAGCUGCAGCCUGGCUGUGGUGGUGCUUUCUGGAGCAAGGGGGGCAUGGUCUCGCCUGUCCUUCACCUGGCAUUGCCCUUUGAGCAAUGCCUGCUGCUUGGCAUAGCACUGCCUGCUGCCCUACCAGAGCUCCAGGUGCCUCAUGCCUUUGCUCCUCUCCCAUCCUGUGCCUGGGGACCCAGGAUGCUAAACCAUCGUGCAGUGCUGGGGAAUGCAGCAGGGACCUUUGCCCCAAGCAGAGCAGCAUGUCCUUGUGCCGGUUUGCAGCUUGUGGGCAUCUGGGGGGGGGAAUCCCCUGAGACAGGGCUGUCUGUGCCUUGGCCCCGUGCCUGGAUGGGGCUUCUGGCCCUGAGAUGCUCUUUGGUGCUACUGCAACCUGCACAGAGUAACCUGGCUCUGCCCUCCCUGCCUGCAGGCAGCAUGGGGUUGAGAAGAGCAGCAUCUAUCCCUGGCCCCAUCUCAAGAAGCGUCCUCACCCCAAUGCACUUGUGCUUCUCCUGGGAGGAGGCUCCCGUCCCUGGGGGCCAUGUGGGACUGCAUGUAUGGCCUGGGCACAGCAGCAAACUGCCCCAGCCAAGCUGCAAACCAAGGCCUGAGCCCCGUGGUAGGCAGACGCUAGCCUUCCUGAGGCUGCGCUGCUGCCUCUGGGCUCACAGCAUGCUGGGGGCAGGGGUUGCGAGGAGGCCGCUGCUGUAGGGAAAGUGCUAGUGACUGGAAGAUUGGCACAAAGCUGGACCAAGUGUCUGGCUGUGCCAGUUGGCCCUCACCCAAGGAAGCACUUUGCAAAGCCCCUUCGCCCGUGUGGGCCCCUCGCCCACGUGGGCCCCUCUCCCUGGGGCUGGGAGAGGCUCCCUGCACUUGUGACCUGGCCGAGCAUGGCUGCUAUAGCAUCCCUGGACUGCAGCCCAGGGCGACCCGGUCGAGCUCAACUCUGCAUGCGACCCUGCGGUGCUGCAAUGGUGCUGGGCCGUGCCAGGGAACGUCGCUGUGGCUCUCCGAGAGCCGAGCUAGGGGAGCUCCCUGGUAGCUGUGGGCCUCCCUGCCCCUGCGUGCCCACCUCGGUGCCAGCAGGCCCCACGCUUGCACGCUGGUGUGCUCCUCCUGACUCACACCUGCAGAAUAGCCUGGAAACAUGUAAAUACGUGUCUGUGCUGUCCAGUACCUGCUCUGUGACCUCUCUGAUUAAAGUGCAACUGUCCAUCUCCACUUCCAAGAA